AUGGCGAAGGAGAAGAUUGAGGGCUGUCACGUGUGUACGCUGGUCACGCCCGGGGAGCCCCAGAUGUUGCUGGGUAAAGACAAGGCCUUCACGUACGACUUUGUGUUCGACAUCGACUCAGUCCAGCAGCAGAUCUAUGCUGCCUGCGUCCACAAACUCAUCGAGGGCUGUUUCGACGGAUACAACGCUACGGUGUUUGCCUACGGACAGACAGGCUCAGGGAAGACCCAUACCAUGGGGACAGGGUUUGACAUGAACGUGCAGGAGAAGGACCAGGGUAUCAUCCCGCGGGCCAUUCGUCAGCUGUUCCUGGGCAUCCAGGAGAGGAAGACACAGGCCCAGCAGCAGGGCACACACCCUCCAGAGUUUAAAGUCAGUGCACAGUUCCUAGAGCUGUACAAUGAGGAGAUCCUAGAUCUGUUUGACGGAGCCAGAGACCCCGACUGUAAGAGCAGGAAGUCUAAUAUUAAGAUCCAUGAGGAUGGCAGCGGCUCCAUCUACACCACCGGAGUCACCUCACGACUUGUCAACUCAGAGGAAGAGCUGUUACAGUGUCUGAAGCUGGGAGCGUUGUCUCGUACCACGGCCAGUACCCAGAUGAACGCAUCUAGUUCCAGAUCUCACGCCAUCUUCACCAUCAACCUCUGUCAGAUGAGAGUCUGUCAACAAACUGAGGUGAACGGAGGUGUACAUGGAGGUGUGACUGGGGAGGUGAACGGAGAGGUGAAUGGGGUUGGUGGAGAUGGAGAAUCUAUUACCAAGCCUGAGUAUGAGACUCUGAUGGCCAAGUUUCACUUUGUGGACCUAGCUGGAUCAGAGAGACUCAAACGCACCGGAGCAACGGGAGAACGGGCACGGGAGGGCAUAUCCAUCAACUGUGGACUGCUGGCUUUGGGGAAUGUGAUCAGUGCUCUGGGGGACCAGGCUAAGAAAGGAGGACAUGUUCCCUACAGAGACUCUAAACUAACGCGCCUACUACAGGACUCAUUGGGAGGAAACAGUCGUACGUUGAUGAUCGCGUGUGUGAGUCCGUCGGACCGGGACUUCAUGGAGACCCUGAACACACUGAAGUAUGCCAACAGAGCCAGGAACAUCAAGAACAAGGUGGUGGUGAACCAAGACAAGACCAGCCAGCAGAUGUCUGCCCUGAGGGCUGAGAUUGCCAGGCUACAAAUGGAACUUAUGGAGUAUAAAGCGGGUAAGCGCGUGAUGGGUGAGGACGGCUCGGAGGGCUUCAGUGAUCUGUUCCAGGAGAACUCGAUGUUACAGAGAGAGAACGACACGCUACGCAUGCGAGUCAAAGCCAUGCAGGAGACCAUCGACCACCUCAACACACGGGUCACCACGCUCCUCGCCAACGAGGUCAGCACGCUGCUGGCCAAGUCAGGUGAGGGCAAUGAGGAGAUUGGUGCUCUGAUACAGAACUACAUCAGAGAGAUCGAGGAGCUCAGAUCUAAGCUCCUGGAGAGCGAGUCGAUGAACGAGUGUCUUCGUCGCAGUGCAACCCGUCUCUCCUCCCGCUCCCCGUUCACCACCUCCUCCUCUCAUAGCUCCACCCCAGGGCCACACCCCUUAGGCUCCUCCCCUUCCCUUUCCAUGGAGGCGGAGAUGACGGACGUGAUUCGCCGAGCCAAGACGGACAUCGAGAGGCUGAAGAAGAAGGAGAGGAGACAGAGGAGGAUGAGCCCAGAGAAAGAGAAAGAGUUGAAGAAACGAGUCAAGCUUCAUUCUCAUGAGAACGGACAUAAUGGAGAAAAUGGCCAGAUGGACUCGGAUGACAAAUACACAGAGGAUGUGAUGUCACCUCUGCAGGAGGAGGAGAGCGGGUGUGACGAGGAAGAGGAGGAAGAGGGGAGGGACGAAGAGGAGUUUGACAGUGAUGAGAGUCUGGUGGACUCCGACUCGGACUCUGAUGAGAAAGCUAAUUUCCAGGUGGAUCUGGCAGACUUGACGAGUGAGAUUGAGAUCAAGCAGAAGUUGAUAGAUGAGCUGGAGAACAGUCAGAAGAGACUGCUGCAGCUCAAACUACAGUAUGAAGAGAAACUCGUCCUGCUCCAGAACAAGAUCAGAGACACACAGCUUGAGAGAGACAGAGUACUGCACAACCUCUUGUCGAUGGAGAACUACACAGAGGAGAAGGCUAGCAAGAUUAAAUCAGAGUACGAGAAGAGGCUGAAGGAGAUGAACAGAGACCUGCUGAAACUGCAGGCAGCACAGAAGGAACACACGAGGCUACUGAAGAACCAAGGACGCUAUGAACAGGAACUGAAGAAACUACAGCAGGAGGUCAACGAGAUGAAGAAAGCCAAGGUGGCACUGAUGAAGCAGAUGAAGGAGGAGCAGCUAAGGAGGAGGAUGAUGGAAGCCAAGAGGAACAGAGAGAUCGCUCAGCUCAAGAAGGAGCAGCGACGACAGGAAUACCAGAUUCGUUCGUUGGAGAGUCAGAAGCGUCAGCAGGAGCUGGUAUUGAGGAGAAAGAGCCAGGAGGUGACAGCCUUACGACGGUUGGCUAAACCCAUGUCUGGACGUAUGGCUAGACGCCUACAGCCCCUUGACUCCGGAGCAGAACUGUCUGCCAGCACCACCUCCUCUGAACCAGAGACCACCUCAACCAAAGUGUCUAACAUAGUGAGACAGUGGAACACCAAGAUGAAUGGCUACCUGGGAGAGAACGAGGGGAUUACCACCAACGGGACACAGGUUGUUGGCAGUAGGACGCGUGUCCAGCAGCGCAAGGGUGUUCUAGUGGGCAGCAGUAGUUUCUCCAAGGCGGCCCGUCAGAAGUGGCAGACUCUAGAGAGGAGGAUCCUGGACAUCGUCAUGCAGAGGAUGACCAUCACCAACGUAGAGGCCGACAUGGACCGACUCAUCAAGAAGCGAGAGGAGCUGUCUGUGCAGCAGGAGGCGCUGUUGCGUAAAAGGCAGGUGCUUAUGGCCGAGGGGGAGGGGCCUGACGGGGAGGACCGCCUAGUCCAGGAAAUGAACGAGGACAUUGAGGUUCUGAAUGCAAACAUCGACUACAUCAACGACAGCCUGUCAGACUGCCAGGCGACCAUCGUUCAGAUAGAGGAGACCAAGGAUGAGCUGGACUCGGUGGACACCUCAGUGGUCAUCAGCUCCUGCUCUCUGGCUGAGGCCCGACACCUCCUGGACCACUUCCUCAAGGCCUCCAUUGACAAGGGUUUACAGGUGGCUCAAAAGGAGUCUCAGAUCCGUCUGUUGGAGGGCCAGCUGAGACAGACAGAUAUGAUUGGCUCUGCCCACAACCACAUCAUCCUGGACGCGCUGAGAGAAAAGGCUGAGUGUAUCCCCGAGCUGCAGGCACUCAUCCACAACGUACAGCAGGAGAAUGGUUAUGUCAGCACCGACGAGGAGCCUUCAGAGUUUAGCCAGGCCUCUGACGGCAGUGUGUCUCAGAUGAAGUCUUCAGCUAGCCAGGAUGACUUCAAGCUAAAGGUUCAGCCCCGUCUGUCAGCCCAGAUGAAAGCGGUAUCGGCAGAGUACCUGGGUCCCGCGUUAGACCCGUCCACUAAGAACAUCACCAAGUCCCUGGCCUCCCUAACAGACAUCCAGGAGAACGGUGGCUCAGGUGGCCUGAGCCUCACUCUCCCCAUCUUUAGAGACAGGGUGUCCAGGACCACCAGCCUGCCUGUCCGGGGACACACCUUUCCUCGGCAGUCUCGGGGGGGUGACACCUCCCCUCUAACAAGGAGGAAGUCUUAUGACCGAGGCCAGUCUUACAGAAAUGCUGAUGGGCAAACUCCCCCAUCCUCCCCCCCUCUCAGAACCAGAAACGACCGCAAUGUCUUUUCAAGGCUCACCAGCAACCAGAGCCAAGGCUCCGCACUGGACAAGUCGGAUGACAGCGACUCCUCUCUCUCGGAGGUGCUCAGGGGUGCGAUCACUCUCACGGGGGGAGUGAAGGGGGGACGGACGGCGCCCCUCCAGUGUUCAGCCAUAGCAGAGGGACACUCUAAACCUGUCCUCUGUGUGGAUGCUACCGAUGAACUGCUCUUCACUGGAUCCAAAGACCGGACGUGUAAGAUGUGGAACCUGGUGACGGGACAGGAAAUCGUCACGCUGAAAGGGCACCCCAAUAACGUGGUCUCAGUCAAAUACUGCUCUUCCUCCUGCCUAGUGUUCUCUGUCUCCACCUCCUACAUCAAGGUCUGGGACAUACGAGACUCUGCCAAGUGUGUCCGCACCCUCACGUCUUCAGGCCAGGUGGUAUCGGGGGAUGCAUGUGUGGGCACCACCACCCGUACCAUCACGGUGGCACAGGGUGAAUACCAGAUCAACCAGAUAGCUCUCAACCCCUCUGGCUCUGUCCUCUACGCUGCUGCUGGUAACACCGUACGCACCUGGGACCUCAACAGGAUGACGGCCUUAGGGAAGCUGACAGGUCACAUAGGCUCAGUGAUGUGUCUCACUGUAGGUCAGUCUCUACUGGGCAAAGACCAGGUCAUCACUGGCUCCAAGGACCACUAUGUCAAGGUGUUUGAUGUGGCAGAGGGCAUGCUGGGUAAUUUAGGCCCCGCCCACAACUUUGAGCCUCCGCACUAUGACGGCAUUGAGUGUCUGGCCAUCCAGGGAGACGUUCUGUUCAGCGCAUCACGAGACAACGGCAUCAAGAAGUGGGACCUGGAGAACCAAGAACUCACACAGCAAAUCCCCAACGCCCAUAAGGACUGGGUGUGUGCGCUGGCAUAUGUUCCAGGGCGCCCCAUGCUGCUGAGUGCCUGUCGGGGAGGCAUGCUGAAGGUGUGGAACGUUGAUAACCUCACCCCCAUAGGAGAGGUCAAGGGUCAUGAGAGCCCCAUCAAUGCCAUCUGCACCAACUCGCGGCACAUUUUCACUGCUUCCAGUGAUAUGACGGUGAAGAUCUGGUCAGCAAAGGUGGGGAAGAAGAGGUGACGUUCGGUCGGAGCGCCAUUGUGACAUCAUUAUCGGCGGCCAUCUUUACCGAGGGCCUUCAACCUCUGACCCUCUCACUUCAACCCCCUCAACCAAUCAGGUGUGACGCGGCAGGACGUCAUGGCUACCAACCAUAACCGGGACGACCAAAGUGUGGAUGGCGCGUCGUCGCAAAGUUCAGUCUCCUCCGGAAAGAUCCUUAUGAGGAGUGUGUCUUGAACUGAAAGGCAAAACGGGAAGCUUGAGAGUUUUUACCUUUUUCUUGUUUUUACUGCCAAUCCAACUGUAAGUGCAAUUGAGGUGUGAUGGGAUUUGGACAAGAUAAAAACCUUUAUUGUGCCAGAUGAUGGCUGUGUGAGGACAGCAAGCAGAAUGUCCAUGGGAUGUUCACAGACACAGCUACUGACUGAUUCAUCUACUCUCCUAUUUAUUACUCAUUCAAUGAAAACAAGGUCUCCCAGAAGUGAACUAACCCUCGGAGAACACCAUUUCUGAGCCAACUAAAGACGAUGUUUCUAUCUUCAGGGCUGUCUGUGUUUGACUGUCUACUGGCUGAGAUGAACCAAUUGGAAUUCAUUUAUAGCAAAGGGGGAUGAGAGAGUGAGUUGUUCAGUAUACAUACAGGAUGUAUGUUGAAACCACUGGACAGUUUGUCGAGAGUUCAUUUCAGCCCUUUGUGAUUCCCUGUCUCCUCAUCUCUAUGGAUGGGUUUUCUGUGGCCUCUACCUUGGCUGCAGGCUGCUGAGUCUGCACUGAGAGAGCCUAGCAAUAAUAAC